CUUAUUCUCUACAACAUAACAAACAAAAAAAGAAUCAAGAUCGUCCUUCAUCAUCAUCAUCAUCUUCUUCUUCUUCUUCUCUUUUAUCUUCUUCUUCCAUCUUGUUUUUGCAGGAACCUUGCCACAAAAUUUGAAGCUAGAGAUGGAGGUGAGAACCUAGGUUGAGUUAUGGCUGUGAUGAUGCUUGGGAUCUGCGAGGAGGGUAUCUCGGUAGCUUCAGAUCCGAGGAUGGUCGAGUCGCGGGGUGGACGCCAAGCUUCCCUUUUGAUCGGUAAGCUUCUGAGUUCUCUAUGCGGUGCUUAGUGUGACAACAUUGGGAGGCCAGAUUGGCUUGGUUCCUGGGUUCUCCUUGGUAAGCUUCCCUUCCAAUCGACUUGGCUCUUUAGGUCAACGCGGGCUGGGUGGCCGGCGUCGAGGAGCUCUCUGUCAUUAGCCAGAACCCAGGGUCGAGUUCAUCGUCCCACAGUCGGCAUCAAGUUGUUUCAAAUUUGUGUUUGAGAUGGAGAUCAAUGGAGAACAAAUAUAUGGGUUUGGGUUUGAACUUUUUUGUCUAAAUCUAUGGGUUUCUUUUAGGGUAGAAUUACAGAUCUGAGAUUCAGAUGGAUUUUCAUUUGAUUUUUGGUUUUAGCAAGAAGAAGAAGAAGAUGGAGGCUGAUAGAUUGAGACUAGGGUUUAGGUUGAUUAAGUUUUGAUUUCUUUGGUUUUAUUUGUUUAUUUUAAAUUAUGUUUAGUGAAUAUUAAGGCUGAUAGAUUAGGAUUAAGAUUUCUAAAUUAUGUUUCGAUUUAUUAAUUAAAUCUUAGUAUUUUUGUUAAUUUUUAUAAAACUAUUUAUGUUAAUUUUUUCUUAUUUACAAUAGCUUUUUAAUUAUUUUUUAUUUAAAACCAAUUUAAUAAAUUUUUAAAAUAUAUAUUUUUCAUUAUUUAUUUAAUUUAUUAAUUAAUAAAAUAUUAGAGCAUUUUGGUCAUAUUUAAUUAAAUUUUGACCAAAAUCUAAUCCAAAAUACUUUUUUAUCCUAUUUUACAAAAUGUAAAGUACGAAUUAUUAUUUGACAAAACACAAAGAGUUCAGUCACUUUUGCAACCCUAAAAAAUAAUAUCUUCACUUCUUUUUAUUAUUAAGUAAUUAGAUAAAAAAAUAGUGAAAUAGCAUAAAACGAGGUCGUUUAUAUAUGAAAUACUCAAAUAGUUUCCUUCCCUUUCGAUUCGGAGGAAGAUUCCUUUCUUUUCCGAGAAAACACUUUCCCAUCGAAAGUGUUGUCUGUUUUCAAAUUUUCGUUUUUUUAAGUUUUUUUUUUAUUGAAUAGAUAUUAAAACAGAUUAUGCAAUUGUUAGAUUUUAUAUUUAAAUUCCAAAUAUUUCCUCUUUAGUAGGAAAAACCAGUUGUUUUUCUUUUCACCAUGGAAAUUGCUUCUUCUCCAAUCUUUUCCUGCUCCAAAGAGCAUCAGAGCAUCUAUCAGGAAUGGUUUGUUUGUGCUGAUUCAGAUGGUGAUGGCCGCAUUACUGGCAAUGAUGCUUUAAAGUUCUUCGCUUUGUCGAAUUUGUCCCGGCAAGAUCUCAAGCAGAUUUGGGCGGUUGCAGAUUCGAAGAGACAAGGGUAUCUUGGUUUUGGAGAGUUUGUUGCUGCUAUGCAGCUGGUUUCUUUGGCGCAAUCUGGACAUGAGAUAACACAUGACUUAUUGAGUAGUAACGUUGACUUUGAGAGUUUGAAUCCCCCUGUUAUGGAGGGUUUGGUUGAACUACUAGUGAAGAAAAAGACUUCACAGAAGAUCAGUGAGCUUGACUUAAAUGGUAGUUCUAUAGUGCAACAUUCACCUUCAUCGCAGUGGUUUUCUUCAAAAUCAUCUAAAAAGGUGUCUCUUUCUUCUGUAACUUCAAUUGUUGAUGGCUUAAAGCGACUAUAUCUCAAGAAGCUGAAGCCACUUGAAGACACAUACCGGUUUAAUGACUUCGUGUCCCCGUCAUUAACUAAUAGUGAUUUUGAUGCUAAACCCAUGGUUAUGCUUCUGGGUCAGUACUCCACUGGGAAAACAACUUUCAUCAAGCAUAUACUGAGAAACAGUUACCCAGGAGCUCACAUUGGACCAGAACCCACAACUGACAGAUUUGUUGUUGUUAUGUCUGGGCCUGAUGAGAGGAGUAUCCCUGGCAACACUGUUGCUGUCCAAGCUGAUAUGCCCUUCAGUGGGCUUACAACAUUUGGAACCGCUUUCUUAUCAAAAUUUGAGUGUUCUCAAAUGCCACAUCCUCUGUUGGAGCACAUUACAUUUGUGGAUACUCCUGGAGUUUUAUCAGGGGAGAAGCAACGAACGCAACGAGCAUAUGAUUUUACUGGUGUAACAUCAUGGUUUGCUUCAAAGUGUGAUCUUAUACUACUUUUGUUUGAUCCUCAUAAGCUUGAUGUUAGUGAUGAAUUUAAACGUGUAAUAUCUUCUUUACGUGGUCACGAUGAUAAGAUUCGUGUGGUGCUGAACAAGGCUGACCAAGUUGAUACUCAACAACUAAUGAGGGUUUAUGGAGCAUUAAUGUGGUCACUCGGCAAGGUUAUUAAUACUCCUGAGGUCAUGCGUGUAUAUAUUGGCUCAUUCAAUGACAAACCAGUAAAUGAAGCUGCAACCGGUCCUAUUGGGAAAGAGCUUUUUGAAAGGGAACAGGAGGAUCUUCUUGCUGAUCUAAAAGAUAUUCCAAAGAAGGCUUGUGAUCGUCGUAUCAAUGAAUUUGUGAAACGUGCCAGAGCUGCUAAGAUACAUGCUUAUAUCAUUAGCCAUCUAAAGAAAGAGAUGCCUGCUAUGAUGGGAAAAGCAAAAACUCAACAGAAACUUAUUGAUAAUUUGGGUGAUGCAUUCGCAAAGGUCCAAAGAGAGUUUCAUCUACCACCAGGGGAUUUCCCAAAUGUAGAGCAGUUCAGGGAGACAUUAAGGGGUUAUAACAUCGACAAGUUUGAGAAGCUGAAGCCGAAAAUGAUACAAGCUGUUGAUGACAUGCUCGGCUAUGACAUUCCUGAGCUAUUAAAAAGUUUCAGGAAUCCCUAUAACUAAAUACAUAACUGAAAAAUGUUGGGUUGGAAUAGACACAGCAGUAGGUAGCGGACAGGGGUUGCAGUUUGAAGGAGCCACAUGCAUAUAAAUAAGAUACCAAAUUUUAUUUAUUUAUUUCUUAAGUUUCAAAUCUGUAUAGGAUGGCGUCUGAUUUUUCUUAAUAAUUUUGAUCAUCUGCAUUUCUGUU